AUUCUCAAUUCGAUUAACAGAACUUGCCUAUUCCGGAAUCUUCCAACCAGGUUCUCACAUCGUGACAGCAAGGACGUUCUGUAAGGUCAAACAUCAAGACCAGACCUACGGCAUACGAAUUCCUCUUCACCAAAGCCAAGGUCAGGCACACAUUGCAUGAGACCGAGCUUCUCAGUCUUGAGGGGACCAUAUAUCGUGCUUCCAGGCUCGGUCAAGGUCAACAACAGGGUCCACCAGCACGCUUCGUUGCCACUACCUGACCGCCGUCAUGUCUGGGCUUGCACCGCCAAUCGUUACCCGCCGCCAAACCCUGAACGAUUACUUCGAAGGAUUUUUUGAGAAGGCAGCAGACGGCACCUUGGGUAUAGCCAAAGAAAUUACCGGGGCCAAGCUCGCUGAGAUUGACGAGAUUGAGCGUACUGUAGGAGAAUCGGAUGGAUUCAGAGUCGGAGCUGCCUCGACACAUACUCGACAAGAGCGUCACCUUGGCGAGUACAGAACCACCUGCAUCUUGCAUUUCAUCAAAAAUGGUCGUCAUGGAGAGCUUAAGAUCAAGAACAACCAAGGUCCAGAGAAUGAUCCGUUAUUCUUUCCCGACGAUAGAGAGGAAUUCUGGAAACUGUUGAGGUUCUACUUGACCUGGAUGGCCAAACAGGUCAGUCCCCGUAGCUCCACCGACACACGACCCAGACUGGCCACCAUCACCAACAGAAGAUGGUCCAUUCUGCACUGGACCCGAGUAUACAUGAAAUCGCCGCCAAACUUUCGAUCACUCCAAGCCCACACCAAUGCUGCACUUUAUUUCGCUGUGGACAAGUUCGGAGUCAACGUGGACAGGCGCGAAAAGCCGUUUUUCGGGCGCCACGAACUAAGAUACUUGAUUGACCAUGACCUUGAGAACACCAAUGCCUUCGACGUAGCCGAAUCCCAUCAUGCCGUAUGGACGUUGGCCCUCGUCUGCGGUGUUCGACCUGGCGCUAUCGGGUGGAGCACGCAUCGCAGGAACAAUUACUUGCGUUGGAAGGAUAUCCAAAUCAGACGAAAUUUGGAGUUCCCCAAUCGUUUCGACAUGACCGUCGAGUUCCCCUACAUGAAAGGCUUCCAGGACCCAAGCGCAUUGGAGAAUGGUCAUGACGUCGAAGGAACCUUGAGGCUAACCCUGAGAGCGCCGACAAACCCUGACAACAUCUUGUUGUCGCCUACGGUCAGGAUUCUAGCGAUCGCUCUGAAGCGUGGAGUCUUGUCCCAGUACAAUACUUUGGAAGAUCUUCUCGCGGGGACACAUGUCGAGGUCAUGGUCUCGAAAGAGUUCCUUAAUGAGCCGAUGUUCCUUGCUGCAACUCCGGGUGGCAGAGCUUUGAUCCCCAAGCAACCGGUCUCCGCACACUCGCUCACCGACUACUUGGGAAAGAGAGCGAAAGACGCCGGCUUUAAGUCCGGUACAAUGUACGCUUUUAGACGGAAGGCAGCAACCAGCGUUGACCGUGCUGCUGGAAGAGAUGCUGUCCGACAGUUCCUCCACCAUGCGCCCAACUCAAAGGUGUAUGAGAGUUCUUAUGAACAGGUCAACUUCGACCUAGACGUGACCGCUAUUGCCCUGGAUGAAGUCCAGAUACCUCAAGCGGUAUUAAAUCACAACGCUCCGAUCCUUUUCAGAGCAACUCUGAAGGUCGAUCACGUUGCGCUUCAGGCCAGAAUAGACGCCUACGUCAAUGAAAACAUCGACAAGAAUCUUGGUGGGCAUCAAGCCACUUUGGAAGCUCGACGGCUUAAGAGAUUGGCCUGGAAGGCUCUGCAUGCCGAAAACCAGGCUUUCCAAAGAGAAAGGUUCACCCUCGAUGAGCUGAAGGCUCGGCAAGCGGAAAUGAGAGCGCCUUCGAAACUCAUGGCCAUGAUCGAGAAGAGGGUCAAGGAGCAGAGAAAUCCCAACCUGCACGAUCUCGCGGACGAAGAUUUGGAUGAGCUCGAGGAUGAUGACAACGAAGAAGGAGAUGAGAGAUUGGAUCUCGAGGAAGUCACGGACGUGCAGUUUGGCGUAGAUGAAGAGGUCGAACCGAUUGCCGAACCAGACGUCUCGGUCAGCACUGGGGAAGAACCAGCAGCAAUAAACACGACUACUCUGGAGUUGGAGACUGACCGGUCUUUCGAGGCAGGUCAAGUCUUCGAGGUGUCGUACGAUCUAGUACUGCACAUGUUCCUGGAGGUUAUGCUGCAGGGUGACUCGGAUCAGUUUCGCAAAGGGGAUCCAAGACCUUGUCCGGAGUGUCUGGCGGACGACACCAUCCCGACCGCCAAGAAGCUCACGGUUUACAAGAACAAGUAUGACAUGCAGCGACACCUAGAGUCGAACUAUCAUUCACCCCUAAAGAUCUGGUUGAGAAGAGUGACCAUCCUCCAAGGGAAGGACGAGGAACGUCUCGCGAGGUGUGAUUGUGGGCGAGCCUACGCUCACACUAACAAAUUCCAAAAUCACCUCGAGACGAUCAAAGAGCAGGGCGUGGGCAGCGAUGACCCCCAUUUCGCUCAGAUGACUGCAGAUGGAUGGUUACUCCCAGGGUUCAGGACAAGCAGAAGAUCGCCCUUGAACGAGGGUCGGGUUCAGGCUGAGAGGAAAAGAGAAAGGAUAGAGAUGGGUCGGGCUCUGCCUCAGGUCGAGGAAUUGACCGAACGCAGACCAUCAACAGUCAUCGAGGGAGCCUACUCCGGACCAGAGGAUCCUGUGGUGACCGAGAGGAUGAGCGUGUUCAUGGAGCGUACAAAGCAUCUACCCAGAAUGACCGCCGACUCUGUCAGGGCCGAGGACAAGGCCAAUGGAACAGAAGGCCUCUACGUGGAAUGGGUGACCGAGGAGGAGGUUAACAGUGAGCCGAGUGAGCACGCCCAGGACGUCAUGAGAUAUCUCCGCGACAAGCAUGCAGUAAAGAAGGCUCGCAAAUGAGGAACAGGAUUGAAGCAGGGUCGAUCCCGAGGUUUUAUGAGGUCGAGAAUAACAUUGCUUGUGUCGCUAUUCGAGCAUAUUGUUGCUCAACGGGUGAGCAGAGAAUUGCUGAGACUUGAGUGGAAUAAACGUCAAGCCUGAG